CUUACCUGAAUACCUCACCUGUGCCCGGUGUCACGUUACGACUCUCCUGCAGGUUCACCAAGCAGGACAGAAACUAAAACUGAAAACACAAUUCCCAAAGACUUAAAACGACAGUGCUGCGCUCCCUGGCAGCAGGGGAAACGAAAACCAGACCGUUACACUUCAUACCAAAAACACAUACAAGACAACCUUGUGAUUGAAUACCAACUCAUAAUUAUUAUUUAAAAAAAAAAAAGCCGUGUACAAACAUGGCGUCGAAGUUGGGAGGGAUAUCUGUUCUGCUUGUGUUAUUUUUGGGCCUCUGGGAAUGUGAAGGACAGAUGGCAUGUGGGCGUAGGAUGGUUGGUAGCCGCAUUGUGGGCGGAGCCAACUCGAAUGCGGGCAUGUGGCCCUGGCAGGUGGAUCUCCAGGACAACGGGGUUCACGUGUGCGGCGGGUCCCUGGUCAACGAAAACUGGGUGCUGUCCGCAGCCCACUGCUUCCCAGACACCUCGACUACUUUAAGGUACCAGGUGUACCUAGGACGCUACAUGCUCAACAGUAUCAACCAGGCUGAGCAGAGUUUCAGGAUCGCCAAGGUCUUGCUGCAUCCCAGCUACCAGGAUCCCCACCAGGGGUUUGACGUUGCUCUAGUGCAGCUAGACCGUGCUGCUGUCUUCACAGACUCCGUCCUGCCAGUCUGCCUGCCCACCUCUGCUGUGCUCUUCCCGGAGGGCAUGGAAUGCUGGGUAACAGGGUGGGGUGACGUGGGCACGUCGGUGUCGCUGCCCGCUCCUGGUAUCCUGCAGGAGCUGCAGUUGCAGAUAAUCGACCAGUCCUCGUGUAAUCAGAUGUACCAAGUGCCGACCAGCCUGCACCCCACGACGAGCAACAUCCUGAGCGGCAUGAUCUGUGCAGGGUUCCAAGCAGGGCAGAAGGACGCCUGUCAGGGUGACUCUGGGGGUCCGCUGGUGUGCACCAUGAUUAAUGGCACUUGGGUUCAGGCUGGCAUCGUCUCCUGGGGAGACGGCUGUGGCGAUCCCAACCGCCCGGGGGUGUACGCCUAUCUGCCUGCCUACAGCGACUGGAUCAAACAGACUCUACCAACCCUGGAGCUCUACGGGGGAGCGCAGAACAUGAUCGCCUGCUCUCUGUCAGUCUGCCUCAACGCCGCUCUCUCCCUGCUGCUUGUAGCCCUGCUGAGAUAACAGCCCUCCCAGAAUCGCAGAGGGACGAUGGUACUGAAAUCAGACUCCCGCUGCACACCAGGUGACACUGCUGUGCAAUAGGAGGCUGAUUCCCAUCCCUGUGAAAAAACUAGAAGAAACUCCCUAACUCUCAUUUCAAAUCGCACGAUGACUUAUCUGUAAUAUCACAAGAUCCACUCAACAAGGCAAUCAAUUUAGCCCAUGAUGAAUCGAUACUCAGUAUUUAGUAAAUUAACCCUUUAGUUCUAGUUUUAAAUUGCGUUGGAGGUCAAAUCUCUUGAAUUAAAUGAUUUUUAUUUUAGUUUAUUUUUAAAUGUGGUUAUAUGAAGGUUUUCUGAUCAAGAUCCAAACAAAAAAAUAAAUUCGAUGCAAACAUUUU